CGCAAAUCACGUUUUAUGAGAACAUCGUUGUAAAAACAAGAAUAAGGACGGAAUAAAGAUGUGUAACGCGUUGUUGUAGGUUAAUUUUGGGUUCAUAAGAGUGCGAAAACGAAGGCAUGGGGUUGACGAAUUUCGUUCUCACGGUGGCGGGUGUAAGCGCCGUCGUUCUCCUCCUUAGGAGUGACGUCAAGCAAUCUGCUUCCAUCUUCCGCCGCAACGUCAAACACAUCCGUCACUGGCUCGAAGAAGAAACCGCCGCUUCAUCCAAGACAAUGGAGAAGGCCACCAAAGAACUUGAAUCAAAGGUUCAUCCGAAAAAAGACACUCCCAAGGAGGACAAGCAUUAAUGUCUAUGCAGGUGAUGCGGAUGCUAGAGCAGUGAUUUUGUGUUUCUUUUUGGUUCUCUUUCUGUCUUUGAAUGGAUACAUGUUUUUGUGUCUUUCUUAAGCUGAAUUCUUCAUCACUUUCUGUUCAUAUUACACUUGAAUGACCCUUGUAUUGGUAUAUAUAUAUUAAGAAAUAAUGUCAAAUGACAAUUUUGGUUUUUCCCCA